UGGCAAAGUUGGACUCAUGAAUAGUAAAUAGCUGGAGCCCUGGAAGGAGCCACACUGUGAAGGGGACGCAUGCGCAAUUGGUAGUAUCGGGUGGCGGCGUCUUUUUUCCCCCCCUUAGUGGGAGCCUGUUGUCUGUCGCCUCGGCUUUCCCUCCUAUAGCCUUGGGGGGAGUCUCGGGUUCUGCCAGCCCCCCCGCGGACCGGGUACAGCAUGUCCAGCCGGGCCGCGCACCACCAGGAGGCAGCGGCAGGGACUGCGGGAGCUGCUCCGCGAGAGCGGGGCCUAACGGGCGCUUUCCCGCUGGUGCUGAAGAAGCUGAUGGAGAAUCCCCCGAGGGACGCGCGCCUCGAUAAAGAGAAAAAGGAAAAGCUUGAGGAAGAUGAAGCAGCUGCUGCUAGUACAAUGGCAGUCUCUGCCUCCCUCAUGCCUCCAAUCUGGGACAAAACCAUUCCUUAUGAUGGAGAGUCUUUUCAUCUGGAGUAUAUGGAUUUGGAUGAGUUCCUUUUGGAGAAUGGGAUCCCCUCCAGUCCUAAUCAUUUGGACCUGAAUCAGAAUCCACUCCUGCCUGUGACUGAGCUGGAAGGAAAAGAAUCUGCCAGUGCUUCUACUGCAUCCCCAGCCUCACCAUCUUCCACAGUGGUUUUCCAGCCAUCAGAAUCUACUGCUGGUGAAGAAUCCUUGCCAGAUGAUGAGAGAUUGACUCCAAGCCCCAUUGAUCCAGACUGUGUUGAAGUUGAUGUGAAUUUCAACCCUGAUCCUGCUGAUUUAGUGCUCUCUAGUGUACCUGGAGGUGAACUCUUCAACCCUAGAAAGCACAAAUUUGCUGAAGAGGACCUGAAACCACAGCCCAUGAUUAAAAAAGCCAAAAAAGUCUUUGUCCCAGACAAUCAAAAGGAUGAAAAGUAUUGGUCGAGGCGGAAGAAGAAUAAUGUGGCAGCCAAACGAUCCCGUGAUGCUCGGCGACUUAAAGAGAACCAGAUCACAAUCCGAGCUGCCUUUCUGGAGAAAGAGAAUACUGCUCUGAGGACAGAGGUGGCAGAGCUGCGGAAAGAAGUGGGAAAGUGCAAGAACAUUGUCUCUAAAUAUGAGAGCAGAUAUGGAUCCUUUGACUUAUCCGAUUCCGAGUGAUGCAACUUUAAAGACUUUUAAAAUCACAAAGAAAUUAAAACUACACAUGAAACCACCUGUCGUCAGAAUGAACAGUAACAGAUGUGAGGUAUCUACACAAACAACUGAUGAUGACCCUGCUUCCCUGCAAGUACCUCAUCUGAACUACCUAAGGACUGAGCAUGAUGAAAAGGCUAAGCUCUCUAAUACUACACUUAUUUUUGUACUGCUGUUUUUCUUUGGACCCACAACCUGCAGUACAGUUAAUUAACUCUUUUCAGUCACACUUGGUGCUCAUGUCCUUGAGUUCAGCUUGAUAGCAAAUAAGUGGCGUUUAGGGAGGUGAUGGGUGAAAAUGGCAAGUCUUAAUUGACAAAAAAAGCCUAAACAACAAUAAUUCUUCAAUAAUUUUAUGUAUUCUCAUUUCUGUACUUUAGAAUGAAUAUUAAUAUUGCCACUAGAUUCUGUUAAACUGCUAUAUCUUUCUGUCUUGCAGCAAAAACAGCAUAUACAGAAAGUAGACUAUGUUUUAAUAUAAUCAAAGUACAGCCCAUGUAGUGAUUGAAAUUGAAAUAAUGGAAAUAACAAGCACCCCCAAGAUAGUUUGUAUCUUAACAUAAAAAAGUAAAAUGGAUCUUAGUUUUUCAGUUGGUAAAAACUGACAUAAGUUUGCUAAAGUUAGUAUUCUCUAAUGCUUGCUGACUUCUGACAAUAAUAUACUAAAAGAACUGUGAUAGUAAGAAGAUAUGUUUUCAGUUUUCUUUUCACUAUAAUUAAAAAUAUAUAUUUCUUUAUUUUCAUACACUGCAAAAGAAAAGGAAAAAAACCUCCAUCGUUCAGUUUCAUUCUUCCUGCUGUCACCUACCUUUGGGAAGGGGGGCAUGUGUUAUCCAUCCUUUCUUAUUGAAACAAAUUGUAUUGAAUCUUGUCAGAAUGAGAGAGGCUCCUUCUAAUUGUGUCAACUGCAUACAAUAUGUAAUGGUGAUUUCCACCUCUAUCUGGCUCUGUUCAGGAGCAGCGGUAGUAACUUUUAUGUUGUAUUGUCGAAGGAUUUCACAGCCGGAAUCACUGGGGUGUUUUGUAGUUUCCAGGCUGUAUGGUAGCAAAUGCUACUAGAACACAACCAUACAGCCCAGAAAUCACACAACACCUCAACUUUAACACACACACACACCCCAGUGAUUCCCUUCGAAGCGUGUUUUAAAGUUCACUGAGUGCCUAACUAAGUAUGAUAAACAUUGUUGUGGUGGGCCGUGGCACAGGGCACAGUGAAACCCCUUUCAGAUAUACACAUCCCCCAGAGAGUGGCCUGGAGAGAGAGAAGUAGGCGGUGUGAAAGGAUUUCCUAUGUAGUGUAUCUUACCAGUCCUGUAGAAGUUACAUCCUGAGCAUGAUCUGCAUAAAAUUUUAUAGUGUCAAAAUAUAUGAAAUAUUUCUAGUAAAAUAUUUAUGGACAAAAUUUUAUUCACUGCAGUAAAACUAGCAGAAAAGGGGAUAACAAAUAUAUGGAUAUAUUUAUUAAUAUCAGUUGGGACAAAUAAUCUUUUGAGUGGAUAUAUGUUUUUCCAGAUACUUAGCCAGGUGGUUCCCAGAUUAUAGGAGCCUUACAGCUGGAUCAAUAAAUUUCCAUCACUGGAUGCUGGGGACAGUGGAGCACAAGGGGCUUAAGGGGUUGCUGGAUUCAGGAGUUGGAACUGGCAGGCAAGUUUUAACAGAGCUAUUCUACUCGAUCUUAUUUUGUAUAAUCCUGAUCUUGCCAGCUGUAUUCAAUGUUCUAUUCCAACAAAAUCUUGAGAAAUCACAAAUUUAAUUUUUUAAAAAUUUAUAAGAUAAUAUGCAUAUUGUAUAAAAUGUUUUUAACUCUGGACUGUUAAUAAAAGUCUUAAAUAUAUGACAUAAUUAGGAAGAAAAAUGAUGCAACUUCUAUAUCAUGCGUGCAGAUGUAAAAUUUCAGUAGCUGAUUGUUUCUGUAUUGCACAUGUAGCUUUCAGUGAUGUGUAACUGCUUAAUGUUCUUCUGCCAUAGUUUUGGGAACAUGGUAUAAAUGAACAGUAAUGUAAUAAAGUCUGUGUUUCAUUAA